AUGGCUACUUCCAAAACACCAGAGAUGGCUGCAGACCUCACUGCCACCGACAGCUAUGACGACCGAGAAGUCUUUACCGACGACAAGAACCAUGCAAUCCAAUAUCGAACACUGUCCUGGCCAGCAGCCGCCGUAAUCAUGAUCACCGAAAUCGUUACUGGAGGCACUUUAACGCUACCCCAAGCAAUCGCCGUCGUUGGUCUUGUUCCCGGCACUAUAAUCAUCAUUUUCUGCGGUAUCUGGGCUUUGUUUACGUCGUUUCUGCUGAUUGACUUUAAACUCAAUCAUCCAGAGAUUCAUAACAUGGGUGAUGCUGGGUUUAUCUUGUUUUCGCCUUUUGGGUUGGGGAAGGUGGGAAGGGAGGUCUUGAGUGCAGGGACGAUUCUCUUUGCGAUUACNGGGGUGGGUAGUAUGUGUUUGCUUGGGCAGCUGGCUUUGCAGACUUUGAGUCAAGGGGGUAUGUGUGCCAUGUCUUAUCUGGGUAUCUGGACUUGCAUCACCUUUCUUGUUUCUGUGCCGAGGACUUUUGGAGCUGGUUUGCAGGGCUUCUCUGUGGCUGCCUGCAUCUCAGUAUUGGUUGCAACGUUGGUGGCUAUGAUAGGUAGUGGUGUGGAACCGACACCUAACCGUGUGGUGGUUGCUACAGCUCCGAACUCAUUCUACACAGCAUUUUUAGCUAUCACCAAUCCAGUUCUCGCAUAUGCCGGACAUUUCCUAUUCUUUACCAUCAUAUCUGAGAUGAAAGUUCCAAGCGACUCCAAAAAAGCAGCCUGGGCACUUCAAAUCUUCAGCACGACAUGGUAUGUUAUCUUCGCCGUUGUAUCGUACGUAUACCUUGGCUCCACGGUACAAAGCCCUUCAUUUCUUAGUCUGUCAGAGGUUUGGGCGAAAGCGGCCUGGGGAUUGUUCUUGCCCAAUAUAUUGGUUGCAGGAGCUUUGUACAACCACUUUGCUGCUAAGAUUGUGUUUGUGAGGAUGUUUCGAGGAAGCAGGCAUUUGACGGAGAAUACGAUGCUAGGAUGGAGUGUCUGGAUAUUGCUGCUUGCAAUUGCGAAUGCUUGUGGUUUCGUAUUGGCAACUGGCGUCCCGGUAUGGUAUCUUUCUUCGUUCUGCCACAUCAUGCUGACGGAAACAACANNGUUUUUCUCAUAUCUGGGUGGUAUAGUCGCAUCUGCUUUCGCCUCGUGGUAUACUUACGGACUUGCCGGAGCAUUCUGGUGGCACGAUACGCAUCAUCUUGGUGAUGGCUGGAGGUCUGUAAGAAAGCAGUGGCCGAUGUUCUUGCUCUGCUUCAGUACUCUGGUAUUCGGAGGGUUUAUUUGUGUUGGAGGACUUUAUGCGAUCAUCAAAUCAUUGAUCGAAGCCUAUGCUUCGGGUGCUGUGGGACAUCCCUUUACCUGCUGA